CAAUGUUGCCGUUACUGUCAGCUGUGGAACGGUUCAGUCAUCAAUGGACAGAGCACACACGUAGCCAGUCGCAUAGCCUCUUUCAAUUUACCUUUAUUUCUGCUAUGAAACGGAGGGAAGUAGAAUCAAAUCCGGUUACCUAGUUUCGCUUUCAUCGUUUAUAUUGCAGAUUGAGAAUGGAGACAGCGUUGUAUUCAUUAGUAUUGAUUAGACUCCAAUAGGCUUUAUUCCUCGCGCAAGAUUUGUUUGAUCUCAACCAUACAUUAACAAUGAUGGAGUAUUGGAGGCAGUGCGCGUUAUGGCUGAUCAACUGCAAGGUGCUUCCACUCAACCAUAGGGUAACAUGGGAGUCUGCCCAGGUAUUCGACCUGGCUCAGACCCUCCGAGAUGGCGUGCUCCUGUGUCAGCUUCUCAACAACCUCCGACCCCAGUCCAUCAACCUCAAAGAGAUCAAUCUCAGACCGCAGAUGUCACAGUUCCUGUGCUUGAAGAACAUCAGGACAUUUCUCUCCGCCUGCUGUGAGAUGUUUGGCAUGAAGAAGAGUGAACUCUUUGAGGCCUUCGACUUGUUUGAUGUGCGGGACUUUGGAAAGGUUAUGGACACAUUAUCCAAACUGUCCCGCACAACGAUUUCAGAACAAACCGGAAUAAAGGCUUUUCCUUCAGAGGAGAGUCUAGAAGAAGAUGAGGACAUCUAUAACCACCUAGAAGACCUGAUUGAUGAGAAUGGAGUGGAGGAUGAGGAGGAUCUUUAUGACUGUGUCUAUGAUGAUGAAGAUGGAGGAGAGAUCUAUGAAGAUCUGAUGAAGGCUGAAGCCGUCCCUCCUCCUCUGUCGUUACAGAAGCAGGUAGAGACGGACAUCAGGAGCUGCUGUCUGACAGAGAUCAAGCAGACUGAGGAGAAGUACACAGAGACUCUGGAAUCCAUAGAGAAGUAUUUUAUGGCACCUCUUACGGCGUUCCUGUCCUCAGAGGAGAUGAAGAAAGUGUUUGUCAACAUUCCGGACCUGGUUAAAGUUCACAAGAGUCUCAUGGUGGAGAUCCAAGACUCUGUCUGCCAUAAAAGUGCUCAGAACCUCUACCAGAUCUUCAUCAACUACAAAGAGAGAUUGCUAAUAUAUGGGACAUACUGUAGCCAUGUAGAAACGGCCAUCGUUGCUCUGGAUGACAUCUGCAAACACAGAGAGGACAUCCGAAUGAAGCUGGAGGAAUGUGCGAAGAGAGCCAACUAUGGGAAGUUUACACUGAGGGAUCUGCUAGUGGUCCCUAUGCAGCGGGUACUGAAGUAUCAUCUUCUUCUACAGGAAUUAGUGAAACACACUCACGACGUGGCUGACAAGAGCAAUUUGCGGAUGGCGCUGGAUGCCAUGAAGGACCUGGCUCAGUACGUCAAUGAAGUGAAGAGAGACAACGAGACUCUGAGAGACAUAGCCCAGUAUCAGAAAUCCAUCGAAAACCUUAAUCAGUCUCUUAGUAUCUAUGGGAGACCAAAAGGAGACGGAGAGGUACGCGUUGCCUCAAUCGACAAACGUGCCAAACAGGACCGGCAUAUCUUCCUGUUCGAUGCUGCUGUGAUCGUCUGUAAGAGGAGAGGAGACAACUAUGAGAUGAAGGAAGUGAUCGACCUGCACCACUUCAAGAUCACCAACAACCCCACGUCAGACAAGGAGAACAGAAAGUGGUCCUAUGGAUUCUACCUGACACACAACCAGGGGCAGAGUGGCUUCGAGUUCUUCUUCAAAACCAAGGAGCUGAAGAAGAAAUGGCUGGAGCAGUUUGGCAUGGCCAUAUCCAACAUACGUCCAGAGAACGGCACCAGUAACUUCCAUGAGUUCAAGAUGCACACCUUCGACAGAAUCACAUCCUGUAGCUCCUGUCACAUGCUGCUAAGGGGCAUCUUUAACCAGGGGUACCUGUGCUCCAAGUGUGGUGUUGGAGCCCAUAAGGAAUGUCUGGGGAGGUUUGGCGGCUGUGGAAAAACAGAUCCAGGCUCCUUCAGAACUCAGGAAAAAUCAGUGCACGGACGGCGAUCAGAUCCAGGGUUACCUAAGAUGUUGGUGACCAGGAACUAUUUUGGUGUGCCAAGUCCCAUAUGUGGCCCACCCCUCAACAUCCAGCAAGGUGACAUCAUCGAGCUGGUCUGUGCCGAUCUACACAGCUCCUGGUGGCAGGGCAAAAUUCUGACGACGAGAGAGGUUGGCUUCUUUCCAAGCGACGCCGUGAAGCCGUGCCCAUGUGUCCCCAAACCUGUCGACUACUCCACACAACCCUGGUUUGCUGGGCCCAUGGAGAGACUUCAGGCUGAGGCAGAACUGAUCAACAGAGGGAAUAGCACCUACCUGGUCCGCCACCGGAGCCGCGAGUUCACAGAGUACGCCAUCAGCAUUAAGUACAACAAUGACGUGAAGCACAUCAAGAUCCUGACCAGAGAUGGCUGCUUCCACAUCGCAGAAAACAAGAAGUUCAGGAGUAUAUUAGAACUAAUUGAAUACUACAAACACCAUUCAUUGAGGGAAGGCUUUAGAAGCCUGGACACCACACUGCAGUUCCCCUACAGAGAACAGGAGAAUGCUGCUAUGCUCCACACCAACAGACCUGGAGGAAACACCCCAUUGCUCUGUGGACUGACUUAUGUAACUCCUGCCGGCUACAGCUUUGUUCCUCCCUCCUCCGCUCCUUUCUGGUCAGUGUUCACCCCGAAGGUGAUGGGUGUGGCGAUAGCCCGCUAUGACUUCAGCUCCAGGGACACCAGAGAGCUGUCUCUACAGGAGGGAGAUGUAGUCAAGAUCUACACCAAGUCAGGAGCCAAUGGCUGGUGGAGGGGAGAGGUCAGCGGCAGGGUGGGCUGGUUUCCAUCUACCUAUGUGGAGGAAGGAGAGGAGUGAGUCCUGAAGAAAGAAAAAUACUGUUUGGUUUAGUACCAGACACUAUGCUUGAUCUGACAGCUUGCUGAGAUGGGACUUCCUUAUCUGGGAUUCCAGCCCUCCUAUUGGCUGUUGCCUCAGCAACGUCCCAGAGACCUUUGGGAAAAGAGGGGUUCCUCAUUGAACUAGUGACUGGUUAUCUCUGCAACAGACUAGUGCCUGGGUUCUCUCUGCAACAGACUCGUGACUGGGUUCUCUCUGCAACAGACUAGUGAUUGGUUCUCUCUGCAACAGACUAGUGACUGGUUCUCUCUGCAACAGACUAGUGACUAGGUUCUGUCUGCAACAGACUAGUGGCUGGUUCUCUCUGCAAAAGACUAGUGACUGGUUCUCUCUGCAACAGACUAGUGACUAGGUGCUCUCUGCAAAAGACUAGUGACUGGUUCUCUCUGCAACAGACUAGUGACUGGUUCUCUCUGCAACAGACUAGUGACUGGUUCUCUCUGCUCUGCUCCACCACUUCAACAGCUUGGCUGUCAGCAGGGGAAGGACGUUUGACAGAACCCAGCUCUCUCCUUCCGUCCCUCCCUCUCUCCCUCUCUCCCUCUCUCCCUCUCUCCCUCUCUCCCUCACAUCCACCUCUCUCCCUCUGUCAACACAGCUACCGCAAGUUGUUACUGAAAUAUUUAAAUGCCGCCCAUCCAUCCAUCCAUCUAUCCAUCCAACCAUUUAUCCAUCCAUCCACACCACCCAGGAUAUAGCUAAGACUAUCUAUGGAUUUGGAAAAGUGAAAGACAAAAGAGUGAGAAAGAGAAGAGACACACACACACCCACGUACACACACACACACACAGGGCGGCAGGUAGCCUAGAUAGGGCGGCAGGUAGCCUAGCGGUUUGAGCGUUGAAAGGUCGCUAUUUCGAAUCCCAAGCCGACAAGGUGAAAAAUCUGUCAAUGUGACCUUGAGCAAGCUACUUAACCCUAACGCUGUCAUGAAACACCUCCCACACCCAUCAUCACAGAUUACAAUCGCUGCCACUGAACACGACACACACACAGGUUAACGUUUAUUGGGAUGAAUCUUGUCCUGGAGGCAGAGCUGAGCGGUUUUUGUUAGCUGGUCCAGCCGAAAAGUCAAAAUAGUUUAUAUUGUUAAAAAAAUCCAGAAAACAAAGAUUUGCUUUUUGGUCUUUAUUUAGGCUUAGGCAUAAUGUUAGCAGUGUGAUUAAGGUUAGGGUUAAGAUUAGGGUUAGGUUUAAAAUCAGAUUGUAUGACUUUGUGGCUGUGGCAGCUAGUGACCACCCUGCAGAGCAGCUUCCAGUACAUGAGUCAUCCCAGUAAAUACCAACCUGCCACACACACACAUAAGAUGAGAGAGAGGGAUGAUGGGGGAUAUCAUCGCCACCCCACCCCUCAUGUUCUUACACGGGGCUGUCUCUGUGUGUUGAUCUGAUAGGGGCCUGGCUGGUUUGUCAGGGAACAAGCUAGCGAUGCGAUGCUACCCUACGACGGAUGCAAGAGGCCCCCGCUCUCUCUUCUCUCUCCGCUCUUUCUCUUCCUUCUGACAGAAAACAAACGGGAAUACUCUGACUGUCUCCUGUUACCCCUACUGUUGGGGCCUCCAGCCCUCUAUCGUCUGUAUCUCUCUCUCUUUCUGUUCUUUUAAACCCCCUUUUUUCUCCCUUUCUCCUUCUCUCUCUUCC